AUGAUAGCAGUAGACGAAACAAUGGUACCAUUUAGAGGACGAUUGAAAUUUAAACAAUAUAUUCCAGGAAAAACUCAAACUGAAGGAAAAGGUUUAGGAUGUAUAGUUGUUUUAGAUUUAUGUGACCGGUAUUUAAAUAUUGGUAGAACAAUUAUUACCGAUAAUUUUUAUACGUCAAUAGUUCUAGCAAAUGAACUUUUAGCAAAAGAUAGAAAUUUAAUUGGUACAUUGAGAUCAAACAGAGUGAAGUUAUCAGAAGUCACAAAAGCAAAAUUAUUACCUGGUAAAAUUGUAGGGAGAGAAAAUUCUAAUGGAAUAGUUGUUGCAAAGUGGCGUGACAAACGAGACGCCGGGAUAGAUUUAUCCGAUCAGUUGUCAAGCUAUAGUAGUCCUGUGAGAAAAUCGAUAAGAUGGUAUCAUAAAGUUGCUACUGAAAUUAUAUUAGGAACAUCCGUAGUAAAUGCACUUAUUAUUUAUAAUACCAAAACACCUCAAAAUAAAAUGUCCAUCACCCAAUUUCGUGAAGCUUUGGUAGACCAAAUUCUUGGAUUGGACCAACCAAAAGGUACUCAAGAACAUAUAACACCACCUAGAAGCUCGAUAUCAUUGAAACACAAAUUUCAAGAAACAUCCGAAAAAUGUAGCCGAAACCGUAAAAUACGUAAACGGUGCACUCAUUGUUAUAAAUAA